GUAGCCCUGCUGGACCGCAACUCCGAGGCCGGGCAGGAGAGCAAGGCGGCCCUGGACGAGCAGUUUGAAGCGCAGAGGACGGUGUUCAUCCAGUGCGACGUUACGGACCAGGAGCAGCUGAAAGGUGCUUUCAAAAAAGUAAUUGAACACUUUGGAAGGCUGGAUAUUGUGGUUAAUAAUGCUGGAGUGAACAAUGAGAAGGAUUGGGAAAGCACUAUACAAAUUAACUUGACAUCUGUGAUUAGAGGAACCUACCUCGGCCUAGAAUACAUGAGAAAAGGAAAUGGAGGCGACGGAGGAGUAAUCAUUAAUAUCUCGUCUUUGGCAGGACUCAUGCCUGCUGCAUUCCAACCUGUGUACUGUGCUACAAAGCAUGGUGUAAUUGGAUUCACACGGUCAAUAGCAUUAGCUGCUAAUAUGGAAAACUACGGUGUGAGACUCAACACAAUUUGUCCAGGAUUUGUCAACACACCAAUUCUUCAGUCAAUAGAUAAAGAAGAGAAUAUGGGACAAUAUUAUUCAUAUAAGGAUGAAAUAAAAAAUAUGAUGCAGUUCUAUGGCGUGAUGGACCCAUCAAUAAUUGCUGAGGGACUGAUAACAAUAAUUGAAGAUGAUACUCUAAAUGGAGAAGUUAUGAAGAUUACAGCAUCCCAAGGGAUUCAUUUUCAACAAUACAGCCAAACACCUUUUACAUCAUCAAAGAGAUAAAUAAUUGUUUUAUGCUAAUUAUUUUUUGCUUUUCUUAAAUAUAAAAAAUUUUGAAAACAGUAAUUUUGGGGAAAAAAGGUUAGUGUUGUAUCUAGAGCAGUGACAGUAUUCAAACAUUCGCAUCCUAAUAACAAAGAGAUGGACAAGAAAAUCUGGUGUGGGAAGAUGUUACCAUAGUGUUUUGAUUCUAUAAGCACUAAUAAUAGUAUUUAUUCAGUAGAAUAAACACACUGCUCUGAAGAUUUUUGAUAAUGUAGUAAUAGGGGCCAGUUUUUUCCUUCUGGUAGUUCUGAUCUACAUACUCCAAGCGUAUUUUGGUGGACCUGACUUACUUCAUAUAAUUCUUUUCACUGUCGUAAGCGUCUACUUAUUUACAUCUUGAAUUCUUCAGACCAGGAAUUCAGUUGAAGAAUCUAGAACACAAAUAUACCCAUAAGACGUUAGAAUUUACUUUUUCUUAGGAAAUGUAAAAUAGGACAAGAGGCAAAAUUCUCUUUCCUCAUUUAUAUAUGCAACUGAAUAUGUUGCAUAUCACACAAGAAAGUACAGAUUUUUAUCUUCCUGGAUUUUAGCUAUUUAUAAAAUAGUUCAGAAAUAUUUUUGUGUUCUUUUGUAGAUAUAUAUAUGAAUUUUCUCUCUCUGUAUAUACAAGGAUGAAUACAUUGGCAUUGAUUGAAAUGUCUACUUACUCAUUAAAUCUCAUUUUCUAAACCUUUAAAUCUAAUUUCUUGCCUUGAUUGAUUAAAACCUCAAUUAAAUCCC